GUCCGCCAGCGGUGACAGCAGCAGGUGUGGUGGGUUGGUACGGUUUGUCUUUCAUCGGUACCCAUAGUUUCCGCCUAUGUGAUCAUAACAAAGCAUUUUGCCGCGAAAACUCAGCCGCUGUCCGACAGUAACUAUUCACAUCAUUCUAGAUACGGUGAAAUAAUUACAGGAUAAUCACUCAUUUAAUGCGAGUGUAAGGUUUAGCCUACUGUUAAGUCUAACUUGAUAUACGGUAUCCUAUUCAUUUAUAACAACAUUUACCAAGAGAGAUGUUUUGUGAAAAGGCAAUCGAAAUAAUCAGAGAACUUCACCGGAUGGGCGAUGGUCAACUGCCUGCAUUCAAUGAAGAUGGUAUUCGUCAGGUGCUGGAGGAGAUGAAAGCAUUAUAUGAGCAGAAUCAAAGUGAUGUCAAUGAAGCCAAGUCUGAGGGAAAAAGUGAGCUGAUUCCAACCAUCAAGUUUCGUCACUGCUGUCUGCUGAGAAACCAACGUUGCAUCGCUGCCUACCUCUAUGACAGGCUCCUCCGCAUUCGGACUUUGAGGUGGGAGUACGGAAGUGUGUUGCCCACAAACAUCCGCUUCCACAUGUGUGCAGAAGAGUUGGAAUGGUUUAACCAGUACAAGAAGUCACUGGCUACCUUCAUGAGGUCACUUGGAGGAGAGGAAGGACUUGACAUAACACAGGACAUGAAACCUCCAAAGAGUUUGUACAUUGAGGUGCGCUGUUUAAAAGAUCAUGGCGAGUUUGAAAUAGACGACGGGACCAUCAUUCUUCUGAAGAAAAACAGUCAGCACUUCCUGCCACGAUGGAAGUGUGAGCAGUUGAUUCGCCAGGGGGUCUUGGAGCACAUCAUGUCUUGAAUCAAAUGCCAGAACUAUAUUACCUUUUUUUUCAGCAGAGGAUUAUCCAUUUCAGUGAGACAUGCAUAAGGUGAUGCUAUUUUGAAAUGCAUAAGGUGAUGCUAUUGUUAAAACAAUAAUUAAUUCAAAUAUACUUAUCUGUAGGUGAUUUAUUACUUGGUCAGUUUUGUUUUACUUUAAUUGUGGAGUGAUUGUAGUGCAUAACAAAUCCAUAGCUUGCAUGUUAGUGUUUUUACAAUAAUUACCUACUUACAUUGUUCGAUUGACAAAACAUAAACUCAAAUAGUUUAGGAAUGAAAGGUUUGACUGUACAGCAGUGCAUGAGGAUUGAACAUUGUGCAGAUGUGUAUCAAAACUUUACAUUUGUAAAUACUGUGCUUUUGGUUGGUAAUUUAAAAUACCACAAAGAACACUUCAUUAAAAGUUGCUAAACCUUU